UAUUUUAAAUUUGUAUAGAGAUAUAAAAAAACAUUUGGAUAGUUGCAGAAAAAAGCCUGCUGCCAUUUGUGCAGCAUGGUUCUAUGAUGUGACAUCACUUUGGAUUAUUCUUAGUAAUGCCAAACCCAAAAAAUAUGAGUCGGCAGACUUGUUCCUCUAACACAACCAAAGCUAAUAGUGGGGAUAUGCCUGUCAGUGGACGAAAACCUGAUGGUACUAUAGCUUCAAAUAAUGACUUGGCAAGUUUAUUUGAAUGCCCUGUAUGUUUUGACUAUGUCCUACCUCCAAUUCUGCAAUGCCAAAGCGGACAUUUAGUUUGUGGGGCCUGCAGGCCUAAAUUAACAUGCUGCCCAACAUGUCGCGGACCUUUGGGCAAUAUAAGAAAUCUGGGAAUGGAAAAAGUCGCAAGUUCUGUGCUAUUUCCGUGUAGAUAUGUAUCAUCUGGCUGUGAAUCGACUUUAAUAUACACAGAGAAGUCUGAACAUGAAGAAACAUGCGAAUACAGGCCUUAUUCUUGCCCGUGUCCCGGAGCCUCAUGUAAAUGGCAAGGAUCAUUGGAUCAAGUAAUGCCACAUCUGAUGACAACUCACAAAUCUAUCACUAAUUUACAGGGGGAAGACAUUGUAUUUCUGGCGACAGAUAUUACUUUACCUGGUGCAGUUGAUUGGGUGAUGAUGCAAUCCUGUUUUGGACAUCAUUUUAUGCUUGUAUUAGAAAAGCAAGAGAAGUACGAUGGACAUCAACAAUUUUUUGCCAUUGUUCAACUUAUUGGAACUAGGAAACAAGCAGAUAAUUUUGCCUAUAGGCUUGAACUAAAUGGACCUAAACGUCGAUUAACUUGGGAAGCCACUCCACGUUCUAUUCAUGAAGGUGUUUCAUCUGCAAUCACAAAAAGUGAUUGCCUCGUUUUUGACUCUGCGAUAGCGCACAUGUUUGCAGAGAACGGGAACCUCGGUAUAAAUGUCACUGUAUCUAUGUGUUGCAACUGCAACUAAACAACAUAAAAGAAUUGUUACGAUUUGCUGUUGUCCAAGACAUUCUAUUUUCUUGGCAAAGACUGAAAAGGGAUGAUAUUGUUAAACGGUAAUAGAAUAGCCGAUAUAAACCGUGUUUUAUUCUACUGUGUUAAAGAAAUCAAUCAAAUUAUUCAGAGUAAUGCACUGUUAUUCAGUUUUGUGACCUACUUUCUGCAAGUCUGCUUGAAACAAGUCUUGAGUAAAAAUCGGUUGACAACUUGAUAUUGACUUUAUUUUAAGGGAGGUAAAUGUUUAAAAGCACCAUACAGGGUAUUCCCCCUUCUCUCACCCCCUUUUUACUGAAGACCUUAUGAAAUUUAUGGUUUUUUUUUUCUGGGGUGUCUCUGUACUUCAAUUUAAUAUCUGGUAACAGUGUAGCACCAUAUAUAUAUCUUGAUGAUUACUUUACAUUAUGCUCGAACUGAGAUUGGCCAAACAAAUUGAAUAUUUGAAAGUAAAAUACAAGAUUUUCUUGUGUGGUUGUAAAACCCAAAAUAGGUAGUAAUUUCAAUAUUGCCAAUUAAAACUAGGGUUGUAUAAACAGUGGCAUGUUGUCACUAGAAUCGAAGCCGAUAUUUUUUUCCAUAGUUUUAAAACCUCAGUCUAAAUUGCUGACUUCCAAUAGUGAUAAAAUAAUUUGAAACUUCAUACUAAAACUCAGAGAGUGUUGAUUUUGCUAUAUAUUCCUAACAGUCUAUUGAAGCUAUUCAUUAAUAAAAUUAGUUUUUCUAGAAGUUGAAGCCAGAAUCAAAAUUUUUAAACUAGUAGUCUAGUACAGGGGUGUGCAACCAGCAACAAAAUUGUACGUUCACCGAAUAAGUGCCAAAUUUUGAAUGGUGUGCAGCCCUGGAAACCAGUUUUUAAAUUAGUUUGAUCAUGUAUAUGUGAAUAAUUCUAAUCUCUUUGCAUUGCGAAGCCUAUACUUGAGUCAAACUUAUUAUCUAUGCCUAUGAUGUCACAAUGCCCUGAUAACUAGCUUGUGCGCAUGUCAUAGAUCAAUAACCAAAAUUUUUGUGCCUGCAACUACUAGAACGCCUAUGUAAAAUAAAGGUGCGGUCCACGGUUUCACAUAGUAUUUUGAAUAUGGUCCUUUUGUAUUUGAGGUUACACACACCCCUGGUCUAAUACAUUGUGGAUUUUUCCCAACUCCACAGACCUGAUCAAAACAAUGUUUUCUUCUCUCACAUUGUGGAUUUUUCCCAACUCCGCAGACCUGAUCAAAACAAUGUUUUCUUCUCUCUUCUGUAAUUUUUUCACCCGAUAUAAAUAGAUUUGUGCAAAUGUCUCUGUUCAAUAAUAUCACCCUGUUUGAAAUAUAUAAUUCUACCAAUUCAAUAUUUGCGAUCGGUAUAUAUUUCCAAGAAUGUAUUCAUUAAUGUAAUGGUUUGGGUUUUUUCUUCAAUCUACAUUUUGUUUACCGCCAGAAUAUUGGGACAAUCACAUCUUUCAGAUUUUAUGCUUUUUUCUUUAAAUUUAUUCUGUAUUGAACUCUUUCUCUGAACUGAGCUGUAGUUUCAAAUUUUGCUUUUUUCGUUUUGCUGUGCAGAACAUUGAAUAGAACACUAUAUAGAAUGGUCAAAAUUACUAAUUUUCGAAGGGAGAUUUUGUUGUUUUAUAGAAUUUGGCAUUUCAUUAUUUUGGUAUAAUCUAUGGUGUUUUGGAGCUAAAUUUUCCCCUCUGAAACUACAAGCAUGUCAUAUUAAUUAUGUCUCAUAGUCGGCAUCACACGGUAUAUUUUCACUGGAUAAUUGGUUGUGGAAUUCAUGAAAAUUUCAUUUAACUCCUGCAUAAUUAAAUUUCAACUGUAUAAGCUUUGGCCAAUCUUGUUCUGUUACAAUUGGAAAAACUAAAUAUCGUCAUUCGAAAGUUUCAAUUUCAGUUCCUAAGAAGUGUGAAAUUUGGAAUCCAAUUCUACUUUUAGUAACAUGAUUUCGAUCCCAAUUUUUUUUAUUUUUGAACGCUUUCCUUUUAUUAAUAGGGUUACUUACCCCUUACAUUAGUAAGCCUGAAAUUGCUUUCUCAUUCUAUGAAAAUCAUUUUAUUCAAAUUCAAAAUGUUCCUAUUUGAAUUUAUUAUGUGAAUGGUAGAGUGUAUUAUUUUCUUAUGUGUUGUAAAAUUUACUGAUUUAAAUAUUUUUCUUAUUUUUGUCUCAGAUUUUGUUUAUAUCCGUCAUUUUUUUCUUCUUAGGGCACAAUUGUAUAUCUUUACUCCAGACAGCCAUAACAGGAGCGAACACAUACUUAUUCGUUAGAAAGUAUUAUAACUAGAGAUGUGAGUUUCGAAUAUUUUAUUUUCGAAUCGAAUGGUUCCGAAUCCGAUUCUAUUUAGUAUAACAUCAUAUUACAGUGGACUUUCUUACUCCGUGCUCUCAGCUUAUUCAGGGAAAAUGACGUUUAUUGCUCUCUGUUUUUUGUUCGAACUGGUUUUCAGGUUUUGCAGUUAGUCACAGUUAAAAUACAUUAAAUGAAUUCUAAAACAUCAAGGUAUUCAGAUAUAUUUAUCUCUGGUACUGAUUCUCUGUCUUUAAUGUUUAAUUGUCUGUUGUAAAAUAUCCAUCCAUUCAGUUUUUUUAUUAUUUUUCUUCAGGGCGUUUACUUGACAAAAGUGCCUAUUUUGUCGACUAUAUAAGCUGUGUGAAGCUCAGUUUUUUGAGUGAGGUGAAUUGAUUACUAUUUCAACCAUAGUAACCCAUGACCACCACCUGGCCCUAGGUUCAAUUAAUUGGGCAGACCACGGUUUCUCAAACUUUUUGGGCCAACGGGCCCCUGGGACCCCCAAAGCUCUACCUGUAUUAUGUCAUAUUGUUAAAGAACUUAAAAUGUUGCCUUGCACAUCCAGGUCGUUGCAAAAGGCUGUGAAAUUUUAAUUGCCUUUUCUUACAGUAAUGGAUAUUUGUCCGCAACUAUGAAAUAAAAAGGUGCAAUGGCAUUUAGAUUGAAAUUAUUCAUUGAAGAUCAAUCGAUCAGACUCUUCUCAUAUAAUUGCGGACCACCAAUGCAGUGAUCAAGAACCCCCACUGGUCCGCGUACCCCAGUUUGGCGAACCCUGAGAUAGACAGUAUCGAACUUUCCGAAUAUCGCAGCUCCCUACAUAUUAGUUGCUGCUCGCACUGAGCCUUGAUUAGAGUGGAAGUAUAAAAUUUUCUCUUAAAAUUAGAAUUUAAUUUUAUCUUAAAGCCUAUCCAUUUUUUUCUUUGUACACAAUGAUUGAUAUUUUAGGAUUUUAUAUAAAUAUUAAGUUAGGUGGAACUUCAGUAUAAUAACCUAACGAUAUUGCAAACAACUUUUUGCAUCUUCACUGUGGGCACAAUCGCUUACUGGUGAGCGAUUAGUAUUAUGAUAGCAUGUGCUUAUUAACCGACGCUCCAUAAGUGUGUGUACCACUUUGGAGGUAACUAAUUUUGUUCGCCUAUUACAUUAAGUUGUGUAAAUGGACGAAAACCCAUAGGCAGGGGGUAUAUUCAUUUGGCUAGUACAGACAGACAGUUCCCGAACUUGUAAAAAAACUAAAAUAAGAAAAAUCAAAAUAAAAUUAUGGCCUAAUCCUAACCUGGUACACAUACAACGGGAGUACCCAUUAUCUGUUGCCUCUCUCCAGCAAAAACUUAUGAGCAUUUUCUGGUUCCUAGCUGAACCUUGAACUCCUGAAUUAUUUCUUACAUAACUCAAAAUUCUAGCUAUUCUGUAACCAAAGACCGGAUUAUGACGUUGCUGUUGUGUAACACCAUUGAGAUAACAAACCGCCAUAUGCAUAUUUAAUGAAUUGUUCUGAGAAAUAACUAUUUUAAGAUGUAUUAUUUUGUCUUGAAAUAAUUUUGAUACAGAUCAUGACCCGUUUUUCAAGUAUCGAGGAUUAUUAAGUGAAAUAUUUAACAUAAAAAAAAAUCUGAUAAAAAUUGAAUUUUAGAUCAAGGGUUUGGCAACCUUUUCUGCACUGUGGAAGCUUUAAUUUCUUUUGCAUUUAAGCCUUAAGAAUAACACUAUACGGACGAUGGCCUUCCAGGUUCUCAUUGGUUUAUAUGUACAUUUGCAUAGUUAGAUGCGUGCUUUGUAUCGAUAUCUAGAAUUUUCAUACCUAAUGAGACCACUAAACUAUUGUGACAAUUGAUCAAAUUAGGAUUAUCAUGAAAGUUUGAACAGGGGUUCAUUAGCUUGAAAUACGUUCAAUAAAUUAUUAUGAUUCAGCCUAUUAUUUUAAAAUAUCAUGAUGAAUUAUCUUAAUAUUUUUUUGGUCUGUUGUUCUGAAUGUUUUCAUGCAUUGGUUUCGUAUUUUUUUUAAACUCUGACAGUGGUUCUCUCAAACUCUCACGAUUCGAUGCUCUUUUCCAAAAUAUUUCACAACUUGUGCCAACUGCUCUUCUGUUAAAAAAACAAACAAAAAUGAACUGAACAAAUACCAGUCAAUUACCUUUUAAAGUAGUCAUUGUGGAAGAGUGGUUUCCAGGGCAUUGGUUUUCAAAGUGCUCCACGAUCGGCCUCAUUUUCGCGAGACAACUGAGGGGCUCCAUGAGCUAUUUGUUUACAUAUUAAAAUACUAACUUGGAUAAUUGUGUAACUGUCCAAAGAAGUAAUAACGACAUUAAUAAAAUUUGACAACGGCAGCAUUAAUUCUAAUAUGACAUUAUAUAUUGCAAUAGAAAAUGCCAUAUUUCAAUUACCGCCUUGUUGCCGCAUUUCGACACUACUUCAUUGACAUGUUUGUCUUUAUUGAUACGUGUUGAACUGGUGGAGCAAAUUUACUGUAGGGCUUCAUAAAGAAUAGUCAACCAUGCUCCAUAACCCCUUCCCAGCCAAGGCCCCAGUUCGAGAAACCCCUGGUCUGUAUUAUUUAUUUUCACCUAAAAUUUAAUUCCACACAACCGACUCUAUUCAAACCCCUUUGAAAUUUGAUCUAGUUCUUUCAUCAGUGGAAAAAUUAGACUCAUGAAUGGUUAGACUUUCCAGAAAGGAAGCCAAAAUUAAAAAUAAGAGAAUCAAUUUAAAUGCAGUUUUGAAUGAGGCAAUUCUCCAGUGAAUAUAAGUCGUUAGACUGAAUUACCUAGAUGUUGGCAUUGCAUGUUAAACUUCAUCUCGGUUCAAUCUCAUGCCCACCAGGGUGUGAUAAACUGGGUGGCAAUGCUGAAAUUGAAAGAUUUCAGGCCUUCCAAAUGAAAUCUUCUUACAUGUGAAUAUAUAUAUAUGGCCUUGUUCGGAGCACCAUAUAGAUCAUUUGAGAAGUCGGAACGGGUCUUAAACUUGAGUCUUGAUGUAUUACAUGUAGGGCUGGGAAUGGUUAACCGAUUUUAGAUGGUUAACGGUUACGAUUUAAUUCAACCGUUAACUGACAUCUCAGGUUCAAAUCAUCUUUAUAAUGUACAAUUCUUUAAAAAGUGGCAGUGGCCGCUUUUCACGAUUCUCUUCAGAGCAAAAUGUGGAAGCGUUGUAUCAAAAAAUAAUCAAGGCGCGACUACUAGCUUUUCUAUGUAUAGUGGGAUGGCAUUGGAUAACUGUAAGAAGUAGAACUUUUAUUUUCUUGUCUUUUUGAGAAGGAUGUUGUUGCCAUUCUUCAUUUUUCUGAGAGUCAUCUUAUUAUUAUUUUUUGCAUAGUUGUUUAUAUUUCAAUAGUCGUCGAAAUAAAGGCUUGUGAAAGCAGA